CGUGGGAUAUUUAAGAUGCUGCAGGACUUGUAUUCAGAAGAGCAUAGCCACACAGACAGCAAAAGAGGAGCUUUUCUUCACUUCAAGGACAGCAAAGAAAAAAAAGAAAAAGACAAGCUGGUACUUCUCACAAUGAAGCUCCACGCCUUUGCCUGUAUCAGCAUCUUCCUGCUAUCUCUAGGAGCCUCCCCAGUCCUUCUGCAGAAAUCUCCCAAGAAAAAGCCCCUCAAUGGCUUGACGAAGCUGCCUCCCUGCUGCGAGGAGGUACGAGACCUCAAAGUCCAGAUCGCCAACCUGAGCAGCAUACUGGAGGAGCUGACCAAGAAGCAGGAGACCGACUGGGUGAACGUGGUCAUGCAGGUGAUGAAGCUGGAGGGCAGCUACAAACAGAUGGAGACACGGGUGAUGGACGCGGAGGGGAAGUACUCCGAGAUGAAUAACCAGAUAGGAAUCAUGCAGCUGCAGGCAGCCGCCCAGACGCAAACUCAGACUACAGCAGACGCCCUUUACGAUUGCUCGUCCCUCUACCAGAAGAAUUAUAGGAUCUCAGGUGUCUACAAAAUGCCUGCGGAUGAGUUUUUGGGGAGUCCGGAGCUGGAGGUCUACUGUGAUAUGGAGACCCAAGGAGGCGGAUGGACCCUCAUACAGAGGAGGAAAAUUGGCCUGACCUCAUUCAACAGAGACUGGAAGCAGUACCGGGAAGGCUUUGGCAACAUUCGGGGAGAUUUUUGGUUGGGCAAUGAGCACAUCCAUCGCCUGACCAGAAGGCCGACGGUCCUGAGAGUAGAGAUGGAGGACUGGGAGGGGCGUGUCCGAUAUGCAGAAUACGCCCAGUUCUACCUCAACGACGAAACAAACAGUUAUCGACUUUUCCUGGGCAACUACAGCGGGAACGCCGGCAGGGACUCCCUUCGCUAUCACAACAACACGGCCUUCAGUACCAAGGACAAGGACAAUGACAAGUGCCUGGAUGACUGCGCCGGACUGCGCAAAGGAGGGUAUUGGUACAACUGCUGCACAGACUCCAACCUGAACGGCGUUUUCUAUCGCAAUGGAGACCACAGCAAGCACUCGGAUGGCAUCAGCUGGUACGGCUGGCAUGGGUCUUCCUAUUCUCUAAGGAGAGUGGAGAUGAAGAUACGACCUCAAGACCUCCAGCAAUGAAGAGGGAAAGAAAACCCUGCUCAGCAUCCAAUGACCUCAACACCAACAGUGCCCCCUCCAAGUGCCAUUACUUCCCUUACCCCCCCACCCUUGUAGAAUCCACCUGCACUGUAUAUACAGAGAGCUAGCCCCAUAAGGGGAGUCACUGACAUGAUGCUGUGGACAAUGGGGACAGCAGUUAGGAAAACUGUUUGGCGGCUCAGUGAGCGCGUCACAUGACAAUACUAACAAACGACUGCCAUGCUUGGAGAUGCAGGAUAAUCUGAGAUCUCUAAAUAACAGACAAAUAAAUAUCCCAUCUCAUCAUACAGGAAACAGACAUGAACUACACACUGAACUAACACAGCUAAGAGGGACCACAGAUGUAUAUAUAUGCUUUUUAAAAGAUGCAAUUCCCAGCACAACCACUAGAGGCGACGGCAGCCCUAAGUGCCCUGACCAUAGAGACACUAAAGGGAAGGGUUUAUUCAAACCUGGGCCAAAGAAAUCACUAGCAAGAGAGGAGCACCAAUCAGAUUGCCCAAUUUUCCAGCGUUACAUCUCCACUUUUGCUCCUGGCUUCCUCGGUCCAGACUUCAAUAAAUCCAGUCUUAGUUGUAUUGCCGACCACAGAAAGAUUGUACAUAGGUGAUUAUUCCCCGGGAUGUGACUGCUUUAGAUACUGUAAAGUCUAUUUUUAUUUGCUUUAUGAAACUGGAAAGAAAAUUAUACUGUUGGCCAAGAGGCCAAAAAAUAAAAGAUUUUUUUUAUGUAAAAAUA